GUGACGUGAAUGGAAAAGAGAAUCAAACUGCGGACAUAAUCCGAGCGACAUCGCGUACAGGGCAGGGAAUAGAGGUCUGACAGGUUCCCCUUGGGCGGAUUCUGGGGGGGAUGUAGUAACGGAUAUCUUCAGGGUGAGAUUGGUCAGGUUUACAGGACAGCUGGUUGAAUGUACGCGGUGUACAAUAGCGCCGAAGCCCGCCGCGUUCCGCCCUAUUCUGCUUCACUGGCUCUAUAACGUUACUAUCGGCUCCGUCUGUACGACCGGCCGAUUCAGAAGAAGAGAACAGCAAACUGGAGCACACACAUCUCGGGUCUGCGAGCGAGAGAAUUCAGCGGAGCCAAAAGAGGACGAGCCUUCAGAAAGGAUUACGUUAUCUUGAGCCAGAUUCAUUUUUUACAGCAACUUGAACUUUCUAGUUGUCUUUAAACACCUACGUUUUUUAAUUGACAGUAUCUGUCAGUUUUCUACAGUUUUUUUUUUUUUAUUUCCUUUUCUUUUUUAUUUACGAGAAGAUUAUUGAAGUGAAAGGACUUUUUUCCCUCUUCUUUUUUCCUUUUGGCUCAAUUAGUCUAUUUAUCUUUCCGUUUAUUGUUCGAACACGAAUCCUUGUCAUAGUUAUGACUUCAUAAAUGGAAUGUUCCCAUCUGGUAAACUAACUGGAAUUUGGUGAGACCUUGACAAACAUUCUUUUGUGUAUCGGGAGCGUCCGUGUCCUUGAGGUUUAGAGCUUCCUUGAAAUCAUUCUGUGGAAGGAACUGAGGUGCUUCGGACAAACUCCGCUAACCCAAACUCGCUGACCUCUUGUAAGGACUCAAGUGGGAGAACAUUACACGAUAGUUCUUGGGCGAUGGGAUCCGAAAAGGACUCUGAAUCACCCCACUCUUCUGUUAGCGGCAUUCCCAAUCCGAAAUGCCGAGGGCCGGGCAAGAAGCAAGGCAGGAUCUCUUUUCAUAGUCUCUUCCAUGGCAAACGCGGAUCCAGGGGGAACAAGGCUAAUGUAGGAACUCCUCUUGCUCAACAGCUGCACCAACAGCAACAGCUCCAGCAGCAGCAGCUUCUCCAGCCCCCCACGCCCACUAAUGUUUCAUCAGAUCCCUCAACGGCAGACCCGGCUGAGCCGUUGUCCGCUAGCCAGGCCUCUCUGGGAGGUCAAGAACUCCUAGAGUGUCCCCUGUGCCUGGUGCGGCAACCUGCGGAGCAGCUUCCUGAGCUCCAGGGAUGCAGCCAUCGGUCUUGCCUGUGCUGUCUACGCCAGUACUUGCGUAUCGAGAUCACGGAGAGCAGAGUGCAGCUCAGCUGUCCAGAGUGUGCUGAACGUCUUGCCCCGAGGCAGGUGGCCCUUAUCCUGGAUGAUCCCAACCUGAUGGAGAAAUAUGAAGAGUUCCUGCUGCGCCGCUGCCUGGCAUCAGACCCUGAUUGCCGAUGGUGUCCAGCUCCGGACUGUGGGUUCGCAGUCAUCGCCUCUGGAUGUGCCAGCUGUCCCAGGCUGGUGUGUCGAAGAGAAGGGUGUGGUGCCGAGUUCUGUUACCACUGCAAGCAAGUUUGGCAUCCUAACCAGACCUGUGACUCGGCCCGCCAGCAGAGGGCCCUGUCCUUGAGAACGCACAGCAACCAUUCCCCCAGCUACACGGCCGAGCAGGGACACACUGAUGACAUCAAGCCUUGUCCCCGAUGCGGUGCCUACAUCAUCAAGAUGAACGACGGCAGCUGUAAUCACAUGACCUGUGCUGUGUGCGGCUGUGAGUUCUGCUGGCUCUGUAUGAAGGAGAUUUCAGACCUGCACUACCUCAGUCCAUCGGGUUGUACGUUCUGGGGAAAGAAGCCGUGGAGUCGCAAGAAGAAGAUUCUGUGGCAGCUGGGCACUUUGAUUGGUGCACCGGUCGGCAUCACUCUAAUCGCUGGCAUCGCGGUUCCUGCUAUGGUUAUCGGCAUUCCUGUUUACAUUGGGCGCAAGAUCCACUCACACUAUGAGGGCAAGAAAACAUCCCAUCACAGGAGGAAUCUCGCCAUCACCGGUGGUGUGGCUCUGUCCAUCAUCACGGCCCCAGUCAUCGCUGCUGUCAGUGUGGGCAUCGGCGUCCCCAUUAUGUUGGCGUAUGUGUAUGGUGUUGUGCCUAUCUCUCUGUGCCGCGGCGGGGGCUGCGGGGUGAGCCGGGGGAAAGGACGAGGUGUUAGGAUAGACUUUGAUGAGGAUGACGGGCCUAUUACAGUUGCUGAUGCAUGGCGAGCGCUGAAGUCUCCCAGCUUGGGUGAGAGCAGUUUGGAGGGAGGAGCCAGCGGCCUCAGCACCACCUCUCCCAGCGAGGGUCUGUCCGUCGCCCCAGGGGGUCUUGGAGACACCCCCCACUUCAACACGCUCGCAGGAGGAGCGCUUGGUGCAAGGACAGGGAAAUACAGCAGGCUGGAGGUGCAGGCAACAGAGCUGGGAAAGGAAGGUGCUGGAAGGGAGACGGGCAGCUUGGGAGCGGCCAGUGAUUGUGCCAGUACUAGGGGCAUGGCAGGAUCCAUCACUUCCUCUUACACCUUACCUGACAGAGAGGGCACUAACCUUGAGAUCCAGGUGGACAUUGAAACGAAACCGAGCCAUCUGUGUCUAACCACCGAAGAGGAUCUGGCUCCGCCCACUGCCGCCAUGGCCCCCGGCUCGGGGGAGGAGCCUCAGGACUGCAGCUCCCGCAGGAGCGGGGUUGUCAUGGAUUCCCCUCUGGGCCUGUCCCCAGGGAUGUCGCUCAGGGAGGGUCUCCGAGACGUCACCCUCGCUCAGCCGGAAAGCAUCCGCAGCGACCUAGAGAUGUCCGACACGCAGUCAGACGACAUCGCGGAGCUGACGUCCGACGACUGCGACUCGCCCCGCCCCAAGAGCUGCCACGCCGCGCCCCCGCCGCAGACCACCUGCAGAGCCUUGAACCCCACCGACAGCCUGCACUGUCCCGACAACGUCAUUCUGUACGUGUGAGAGAGACUCUCGACACUGCACAAAGCCAACCGUUUCUGAGCUUUUGACGCUUUACCUGUUCAUUUGCUGCUUUUUAUAAUUAUUCAAACACCUUAAUGGCAUCCGGACAGCUCACGGAACUGAACUCAUCGCUCUGCUCGCCUGUCCCGUCUGGUUAUUACAGGCACGGACAGGUCCUCUACCUCUUCAGAAAUUCAUACUGUUAUUCAUCGGUUGGUGUUUACUUCUCGGUGCGGAAAUGCCUUGAGCAAAAAAAAAAAAAAAAAAAAAAAAAAACGGUACAAUCGCGACCAGAAGAAUUUCCAUAGAAAACAAACAAACAAACAAACAGACAAAUAAUGUGAAACGUCGCCAAGCACAUGUAUACGUCAGAGGCUUGUAUAUGAGUGGUUUGUAUAUGGAUGACACGUUGCAGUAUUGUUUGUGUGUUUGUUUUAGAAUCGACCCAGAAAUUGUACGGUUUGCCGCAUGCUAGUAUUGUUUUGGUCGCGCCGGCCCGGUUUGCACAGAAAGAACACACGCGGUUGGGAUUGAGUAAGGGAUGGGAGACUGAUCCGAACUUCACUAGCAGACAGUUUGACUUGAAUCACUGACUGCCUGCCUUACAGACAGAGCACAUGCACUCCGAUCCCUUACACUGUCUGUGACUCACUGACAACACUGUUUGUGCCCUCUUGAGCUGAGACGUGAGAGAUGGAUGUAUGUGUGGAUGUUUACCAGUGUUGGUUUUAUCGUUGGGUAUUAAACUCAUACAGUAUCAAGGAUGGAACUGUCAUUCACGUGCAUGUCUGUUGUUAUUAAUAUUAUUUUUGGCCUCUUUUAUCUCUUAUCUCUAAGCACACGGCUUUUGAAUCUUUGUUUCGAGCAGUCGUCGUUUUUUUUUUUAUAUGUUAAUUUUCCCGCUAGCUGGAUGGAUGGAGAGAGAGAUGGUUUGGAUGGAUGAGCACUCCUGCACUUUAUCCCACUAUUUAUCAUUGUUCUACAUCGUAGGCUUAUAUUUAUGCACUUCCUUUUUUUUUUCUUUUGGAGCUUCUCUGGGAAACAUUUGGACGGUGUUGUCAUGAUUUUGUUAUUUAAUUUUGGGUGUAAUUGUUUUGCAUUCUCGACAUGCUAUGCUUUCUGAAUCUCAUAAGUAUAUUUGGCUGCCGAAAGAGAAUCCUCGGUUUUUACGUGUAAUGAUGGAUUCGCUUUGUCUCGUAAUCACACGAAAAGGAUUUGUGGUUGUCACAUCUUUUUUGGCUUUUUUUGGCUUUCAUAUUUUCAGGUUUAUGAGCAGAUCGUGAAAACUACUUGAUAAAUUUGAACUUUAAACUGGUUAUGGUGAAAUGAGUGUUAACUAAAUUCAGUUACAUAAGCAAUAUGCUAAAAAGACGGUGUGUUAAAAUCGGCAUUGUUUUGUACAUCCCCACAAAGAGAACUGCACUGGCUGUGAGUGUUUGAAUCAUGAAAAUAAACAUUUCCUCCUUUGUGGCAA